AUGGUUAAGGAGCUGUGUCUUGAUGGAUCUAAGAAUACCGCUGGAAACUGGGAAGAUGACUAUGACCGCUGCAUUCUCCCAUUUGUGAAGGACAAGCAACCAUGCUAUAUUCUCUACAGGUUAGACAGGUCAGGGAACUCAGGAUAUGAAUGGCUGCUGGUGAGCUGGUCCCCAGAUGAUUCCCCCAUUCGGGAGAAGAUGCUCUAUGCCUCCACCAAGGCCACCCUCAAGAAGAGCUUUGGCAGUGGGCAGAUCAAGGAGGAGCUCUUUGGAUCAACAAAAGAUGAUGUGUCUUUGCAAGGUUACUGGCAACAUAAGCAGAAUGAACAGGCCCCAGCCCCACUGAGUGCAUCAGAGCAGGAACUAGCUGACCUGAAGAAGACAGAAGGCCACUCAGACAUUGGGGUGGAUACAAAACAUCAGAGUUUGACUGGGGUCUCCCUCCCCAUGUCCCCCAAUGCCCGCCAACGCCUUCGUGCCUUCCGAGACUGCUCCUUGGACUAUGUUCAGCUCAGCAUAGAUCUCCAAGAGGAGAUGGUGAAUGCAGAGAAUGUGAGGAAUGCAUCAACUGUUUCAGCAAUGGUCCAGGAAGUCCCACAGGACCAUGCCCGAUUUCAUCUCUUUCGAUUCAGGCACACUUAUGAGGGAGACUACUUAGAAAGUCCUGUGUUUAUCUACUCCAUGCCUGGAUACACCUGUAGCAUUCGGGAGCGCAUGCUUUACUCAAGCUGCAAGGCUCGUGUGUUGGAGUCAAUAGAAAAAGAGUUUGGGAUCCCUGUCAUCAAAAAGCUUGAGGUGAGUGAAGUGGGUGAGCUGACAGAAGAGUUCCUGUUUGAAGAGAUUCACCCAUGUCGGAACCUGCAUCGGCCUGCAUUUGCCAAGCCGAGAGGCCCACCGAAUCGAGGUCCGAGGAGAAUCAUCCGCUCUCAGCAUCAAGUUUAAGCACAUUUGUGAUCCAGGAUUUUAAAAUAUGCAGCUCUGCCUCACUGGUCACUAUCAGCCAAAAAGCCAAAGAAAGAAAGAAAGAAACAUUUUAUCUCUUAUGUAAUAAUCUCCAUGUCCAUAGGGGGUGGAGGUGAUCUCUGUGCAGAAUUAAUAUUCAGAGUGAGAAAAAGUGAAAGAGGCAUCCAUCUCACUGUUUUACUUUUUGUUUCCUCUAUGUCAUGUAAAACAUCUGUUGUAUUAGCAGUGGGAAUAUUAAACCGAGCACCCCAGUGAAUUUUAUUCACCCUUCCCUUCUAUGGGUCACCAUGUUCUUCCUUUGAGGGACAAUAUCAGAGAAAUGGUGCUGGUACAUUUUCCUGAAAUUCAAACUCCAAUUUUUCUUGGCAAAUCGGAGAAAAAUUACACCUCCCAUGUUUCCUUUAAAAUUUUAAUCCUCUCUGUGAAGUUGGAAACUGUGAUCUACUGUAUGUCAUGUUGUGAGUGCUACUUGUGUAACUGUACAGGGCCUACCUGUAGGACUGGUCUGCCACUGAGCCUGCAUCUUCCAUAUUUGUGAUCCCCCUUGUUUGGAUUGGGGGAGGAGGCAGUAGUCUAGGUCUCCCUCAAACCCCAUUCCUCUGGGAAAGCUUGAAAGGGAAGUAGGGUCAUGCUGGUAUUUUUUAAUUUAGAAGUUGAAGCAGGAAUCAGUUACUAUGAAUAAGUAGUUAGCCACAUUUAUGGCUCGGGCUCAUACGACUGGUCUCGGCUCAAAGGGGGUAGCUGGAAGCAGAAGGUGUUGUCGAUUAAGAACUGCCAUUGUGCACAGCAAUGGUGCAUUCUGUCUACCUAUUUUUGGUAUUGCUUAGGAAGACUGUGUCAUCCAAGUUACCUGUUGAAAGUCCUUUAAUGAAGAAGUAACCUGUUCGAUGCAGUGUUUGUAUCCUCUGGUGCUUCAGGGAGAGGAUGCUUUGAAUCUGCAGCUGUUUUUCUGAACAAGAUGCAACUUUUUGCUACUUCAUCUAGGACCAUGCUACAGGCUCUGUUCAUUUUGGAGAGAGGAACUGAUAUCAAACCAGGAUGACGACUGUUAUGAUUUCAGUGCAAAUGCUCAUAAUGGAGUCAUAAGCCCUUCCUGAUUAAUAUGAAGCCUGCAGCCAAAGGUCAAGUGCUUCAGCAAGAACAGGUACAGUGGGGAAGAGAAUUUUGAGUUGGGUUUGGAGCCUUGCUUAAUCCAUGGUGUAUAAUGCCCUGUGUAUUAAUCUUGUGCAGUAAGUGGCUGGAUGCCAGCACAGGCAGAUAGGGCACAAAAAUAAGAUAACAAAAGAACAACCUCUCCAGGAUGACUUUCAAUAUUUUACAGUCCUUCACCUUUUUUCUCCCCCUCAAUAUUCUCCAGAUUCUGUGGUUCUAUCUCACACAUCAUAUAUGCACCUACAGAUUUUGAUUCUGGCUCUGUACUACUCAAGCGACCAAUGCAUUGCGAUACCUGCUAUGCCUUUGAUGUAUCAUAACAACCAAAGUUUUCACCUGUGAAAAGCUCCUUUUAAAGUUCAGAAUCAUUUGUAUUUCUAUCACUCCUUCAGCCUCUGAAUCCCCCUCAUCUCGCUGACAGAGAACCAUGGGUUCCAGAAGAGCCAUUAUUCCUCAGCUUCUCUCUUGCAAGAUUAAGUCCUGUUCCACAUCACAGUGAUUUUGUACUCAUUUCGAUGGCGUUUCGAUUUUCUCUCCAUUAGUUUUUGCCAUUUGUACUACAAAAGCCAAGCUCAAGGCUCAAGAGACACUAGUAGAAUAUUUAGUCACAAUGUGACAAGUGAUUUUUUCCAUCUGAAGUGUGGUAGGGGGUACCUGCGUUCAUGCAGCAUCUUCCCCUGAAAUGAAACUUGUGGUCAUUAACAGAACAGGAUUUCAUGGUUGUAGAGAUCCUGAUAACUGCUCAGAGAGAUUUUUUUUACAAAAAAAAAUCAAGUCAUAUAGCAUUUGAUCAUGUAUGUUUGCUGUUGUCUUUGCACGGUCAUUUCUUUGUUGUCUAUUCAUUUAAUAUCUCAUUUUUAGUUCUUGUAAUUUUUUUCUGAGAUUCUUCAGUGUCCAUUGCAGUUUUGUGGUGUGUUUCUCCCAUUUCAGAGAAUAUUUUAAAAUUGACAUGGCACUUUUCAAUGAAGAUGUACAUCCAAUCACCAGAUAUUACAAUAAUUUCUGUGGUCACGUUGAAUUUUAUUAUUCAUAUCCUUCAUGCGAGAACACUGUCCCCUUUCACGAUGUAAUUCUUUUGAAUACAUCCAUUGGAACGAGGAGAGCGUGAGCACAGAAUGGAG